UGUUCUCAAACUGCUAAAAAGCGAAAGACUAGUCAGAGCAGCCAGUAGUCACCUUGCCUACUCUCCCUGCAGUGUCUUAAAAACAAUAAUUACAUAUUUGUCGUUAUUGUAUAAUGGCUGAUCGGAAGCCGUGUAAGGUGUGCAACUUUACGCGACAGAAAUCAUACGGUUUGGUCGUCCCUUCUCUUGAGGAACUGAAGACAAAGGGAAGUGAGUGUCUUGGAUUCACACCAAGUGACUUGGUCACAGUGGUCUUAGAAGACGAUGGGACAAUAGUGGCGGAUGAGGCCUACUUCUUGUGUUUACCCACCAACACAAAGUUCAUGCUGCUGCAUGAAAAGGAGAUGUGGUCGCCCCUUCGCAGGCUGGAUGGUGGCACAGCGUGGAUGGCGAGGGAUUCAAUGAUGCUUGAAAGUGACACCGUAGAUGCAGCCCUUCUUGCUGCACCGUGGUGGGACCUGGCCUUACAACUCAAGCAGGACCUGGCUAGUGUCAUCCUCAUGUCUGAAGAGGACUUACAGAGCUUAGUGGACGUUCCCUGCCCUGAGCUAGCUUCUGCUCUUGGCUUCAGCAAACAGAAGACAGAGAACCUUCAGGAAACAUUGCAGAGGGUUUUGGACCGUCGCGAGGAGGAGAGGCAAUCAAAGGAGUUGCUCCAACUAUUCCUCAAAGCAGUGGACAAAGAAGAGGGAUCACAGAGAGAGACAAGGCGGCCAAGCGAGGAAGGAGCUGGAAGCAUGGAUGUGACUGAUGGGAUGGACCAAGCAUCUGAAUUCAUGUCCAGGACGCUAAUGGUCCUUAAAGGAAAAACAAGCCCAGAGACCAGACUGUCCACUGAAGAUCUUCAAAUGGUGGUUUCCAAAGGAGUGGAGGUUAUGCAGCAGGUGCUGGGCUGGGAGAGAGUGAGGACGUUGUCGCUGUUACAAGCCUGUGAAGCCGAGCUAAGCCGCCGUCUUCAGCAGGUUCAGGCCGUGCAGUCCAUGAGGGGCAGCAGGGAGCCGUCUAGCGAGAAGAAGUUGGAGGAAGAGGGCAAAGGAAGCAGCAACUAGGCUGGGUUGUUUCCCUGCCUGAGCACGGACUGAUAAGAACUCCUGCUGACUGCCUCAGGGCCACUAGAAUGGAUUCACCCAAUCUUUAAUGCUGGAUUUCAUAAAUGUCAACAAGGUUGAUGUUUGUAGCGUUUUCUACAACCACUGAAAUGCUUUUGACUCCAACAGAAAUGGAGGGCUUUGCACAAGUUUUUAUCAAACUAUCUGAUAUACAUUCCUUAUUUUGAUGAUCAAGCCGUCAGUGAAAAGAACAUCACAUACAAAAUGUCUUCAUCUGCCUUUUAGAGCUUAUGUUUCUUCAGAGUUUAGUCAAGUAAAUAAUUGACCACUGCACCUUGUGAGCUUUCUACCAGUGACUGUGACAAACUAUAUUCAUAGUAAUAAUAAAGUUAGACUACAUUGGUACUGUUUCAGUUUGUAUUGCACCUCAAUACCACUAUUAAUAUUGCAAUCAUUUUGCCUUUAAGGGAGAAUUGUUAAAUGUAUAAUAGAACAAAUAAACAAUAUAAUUUUGGAGCAAAAUUGAAAUGCCUUUU